GGGUUUGGACAAGAUGGCUGGAUCCACAGAUGUUGGUCAAGGCUGGAGCAGCUCUCAUGAAGCAAGUAACUAAUGGCAGCCUUAUUUCCCUCUGUGUCAGCCACUCUUCUGAGAAAGUUAAAGUACCUCGUAAUUUUCGCUUAUUGGAAGAACUUGAAGAAGGUCAGAAAGGAGUAGGUGAUGGUACAGUAAGCUGGGGCCUUGAAGAUGAUGAAGAUAUGACACUUACCAGAUGGACAGGCAUGAUUAUUGGGCCACCGAGGACAAACUAUGAAAACAGAAUAUACAGUCUGAAAGUAGAGUGUGGACCUAAAUAUCCAGAAGCACCUCCAACAGUUAGAUUUGUAACUAAAAUUAAUAUGAAUGGAAUAAAUAAUUCCAAUGGAAUGGUGGAUGCAAGGAGCAUACCAGUGUUAGCAAAAUGGCAAAAUUCUUAUAGCAUUAAAGUUGUACUUCAAGAGCUAAGACGUCUAAUGAUGUCCAAAGAAAAUAUGAAGCUUCCACAACCUCCAGAAGGACAAACUUACAACAAUUAAUUUUAGCUGAUUCUCAAACUUCUGUCUUAAAACAACCUUCUACUCAUGUUAAUGUCUUGAUUAAAUCUCACAAUGCAAACACCCACACAUUAAAAGAAUUUCAGCUGGUAUACAUGACCUGGACAUUUGUAAGAAUAUAUAUAAUAUAUGUAUGCCCAAUAUGUUUUCAGGCACUAUGGGAGAAAAAGGCAGCACAAUUAUUUUUUUCUCUUAUCAAGGCACUGUCAUUUACGCAUAAGCCUGAAAUAGCCUAAAAUUGGAAUUCAGGUUUUACAAGAUGAAAGCAUGACAGAAAGUGUCAGAUUGCUGUGGAAUAAUAUAUGUUUCUGAAAUAAUCUCUUGAGAAGGCAAAAUAUAAAUGGCAUGCUUUAUCCAUCUUGCUUAGUAAAAGAGCUGCAAUUAAAUUUGUUUUAAAGUAGCAGGUACAGUGAAUACCGUUGCUCAUCUUGUUUAAUUUUGCAAAGGUGUGGGUGCCGACUACUAGUAGUGUCACAAAGUAUGUUCAGGAUUGUUUUGAUACCUGUAUUUAUAAAAUGGGGGGAUUAAUUUCUGUUAAGCAGCUCCUGUGUGUUACAUGUAUCGGACAUGGCAAAUAUUUGUUUACAGUCUUUGUUCUAAUAAACCAUGCAUUUAAGUUUUAGUGAAACAAAGGAAAUGUAUGGAUAUGUGAUUGAGAUUAAAGUUAGUCUUAAAAUGUAAAUAAAAUGUGGAAAGUG